UUCAUUUGUUGGAAUUCAUUGUUUUUUGCCAACAUAAUUUUUUUUUAAGGAAAGUUUUUUUUUCUACAACCGAUUAUGAAUUGAAAUCGAGCAUGUAAGUCCUUUAUGACAUUUAUAAUUCAGAGGUGAAACUAGUUUUAAAAAAAUCAAAGACCGUUUGUAAUUUGUUCCAGGGUCUAAAUAUACAUACAUAAUUCCAAUACAUGUAAGUAAACAAACAUUACUCGACGAUUGCCGCGCUAACACUGGGCUGGUGCUGGUAUUCGGACCAGCCCUGAAAGUAUCAAUAUUUACAGGUGGGAGGAUUACAAUAGCGCUGAUCUGUGUGGGUAACUAGACACCCUUAUCACGGCUAUCUCCUCCCAGUCAAAUCACGGAGAGGGGAUGCCGCCGCCAGGGUACCGGAAAUAGACCGUGUGGGGUAGGCGGAGAAUCCAGAUGUGAGAUGACGUAAACAAGAAGGAAGUGACGAUGGAAGUGAGAGUUUUGCGACAUAACUUUCUGCCGUCGCUCUACCGUCAGACGACAGAAAAAAUUCCGCUUACACGGUUGCGGCGGGAAAUCGACUUAACGAUGAAGAAGGUCCUUCAAACCGAGAUUCCUAUCUCGUCGGAGGCCAAAGAACUGUUUGACCAGUGCAUGGCUCAUCUACUUCCGUUUCUCAAGACCAAUCAGUACAAUUUAGACUGUUCAGAGCCCCCUAUAUACGCCGGGGAUGUGACCCCCUGGACCCCGUACAAGAAGAACUGUCCGUGCUAUCUGAUUCAGAUGAAGGUUGGCAAACUACGAGGGACGUAUGUGGAGCCCGGCUAUGUAGUGUUUCCGCUAUCAGUAAAGACGGAUAAAAAGGUCGUCAAGGUGUACAAACUGGACCUACGGUCGGACGACAAAAACCAUCUAAGUCCAAAGAAAAUGUACAAAGCAGUUCUUUACGUGUUUGAUGCCGCCAUUAUGAAACUGAAGAAAGCUCUUGCCAAAAGCAGAAGCACACUGACUACCGCGAGCACCACGGCGACGGUUAAAUCCAGGACAGUGGCGACAGACAAACCAGCAAUCAUACCGAACGUGCGCAUACGGUUCAAUGGUCAAGACCUGUGCUUGGUGAUGUCACUUCCGGGAGGUCACGAGGUGGAGUUAAUUCCAACCAUUACGUUAUCUCCUGAAGGACCGUUCCUUGUCGCUAAGCCGUAUGAUCACGAUGAAAAUCCGUCCUCAGACAUGCUAUGGCGUCUGAAUUACUCCCCAAACGAGGAACACAUACUAAACGCUAUCACUAAUGGUGAUCGUGAACAGAGAAUUAACGCGGCCAAAAUCUUGACAUUCAUGUGCCAAAAGGAAUGGAAACUGAAUCAUGUGACAGCUUACCAAGUGAAAAACAUACUCAUGCACGAAAUAGACUACCAAAUUGACCAUACUCCAAGAUGGCAGCGGUUGACCCCCGAAGAAUGCAUGCAUUUAAUACUUUUGAAAAUGUUGGAAUUCACGAGAGAUAAAUUCUUGCCACAUUUUUUCGAGGAGGACCUUAAUCUUUGGGGACAUUUAUCUGAAAAGCAGUUUCGGUUCAUGCGCAACGAAUUGGAACAACUCACACGAGAUGAUGACGAGAUGUUGAAAGUCAUCACUCGAAUAAGAGUUGAUAAAAUAGAUUAUUGAAUGCAUGUGAUCGAAACCAAAAUGCCUAUUAUGAAUAUUAUGUUCUGGAACAUCAUAAACGGAUACAUUUAUUUAUGUAAAAAACUUGAAUAAUAUGCAUUGUAUUGAAAUAAUAAGUAGUUUAUCUAAACUAUAUAAUUCGAUAGAUUCAUUCUGUACGGAAUUUUUACUGAAACCAACAGUAUAUUCUAAAGGCAAACAGAUGCGAGUUAAUAUGUGUAUAGCAGUUUGCAUACUUGGUUCGAUGGCAACAUGCAUUUUUUCCGGGCCCUCGGACUGAACUAUUGCCUUUUGCAUACCUGCAACGGGUAACAGUUUGGUAUGAGGAGCCGACAAAACUCAUGAUGGUCUCUGACAAAACCUGCACAAACAGUGCGCAUGUUAUUUAUACCAUUUACUGUUUUGUUAAUAAAUAAGAAAAUCUU